AUGGGCAACAGUCUGACAAUCUGCUGUUGCGAGGGAGCAGAUGAUCCGCAUAGCGGACCUGCUCCAACGAUGAAAAAUAGCAAGAAGUCUAAUCGUGGAGGUUCUUCUCGUCGCGACAAUACCAAUGACAGCCAUGCUGGACGAGACAUUAUGUCGACCACUAGUACGAACUACAGAUGUGUUGUAUCUAGUAGUACUUCAUGAUAUCUAUGUCUCUAUCUAGUACUUCAUGAUAUAAUUUUAAAUGGUAGAACAUAAACAGGAGGUAUUUCCUUAACUACGACCAUCUAAUCCUUUCAUCAUAAACCCUAAACCCAUCUAAUCCCUUAACCAUCUACUUAUUCCCUCAACUACUAAUCGUUUCAUCAUACCACGAAGAAAAAAUACAGGAACAAAUCGAAGUAUUUGGCUCGUCCUCUAGAACUAGAUGUAGUGGUCCUCUAGAACAUGAUGUAGUCAGAAGAGUAGCAGUAGCUCUGAGAACCUGAAGAUCAUUUACUAGUUCUACAACAACUUCUCUGGCUACUAGGUAGUGCGACGACCUGUACUAGCAGAUGGAUCAGAAAAUCUUUAUCUAUUGGUAGAUACAAAGUAGCCAAAGGUUUGUCACUCUCACUUCCUAGAACGAAGUAUAAUAUAAUGCUCUAACCCUACACAGGAGUCCACUAAAAACAGCGACGCACCUCCGAAGAAGAAAGACUCUAUGGUGUUCCACUCAGAAGGUACAAAAGGAUACGAAAUGAUGAUGACACUUUUGACAAUAACCAACUGCUCCCAUUUAGCACUGUAUUUUACGAGCUUCACGUUCACCGACUUCAAAAAUACUCAUCAGAUUGACAUACAACAUCAAACACUCAGUUCUACAAGCCUAUACGCUUACCUUGCCGCAGGUGAGCUAACUCCUAUCCUAUCCUAUCCAGCAACAUGAAGAUAAUUUACCCUCUUCUUGUUCAGGUGGCGAUGAUGCAGAAGCUUUUGACAGGGCGUUUCGCGCGAACGACAUCCCUAAGCUGGUAAAGCUGAUGGAUUCAGACGAGAGAAUAGAGACGGAUGAGCAAAUGCAUCAGUGGGCCACAAAUCCAAGAAGUAUAGGAGCUCUAGCUAUGGGAAAGCGAAAGAACACCCCUCUACAGACUAGAGGACCACGUCUGUAGAAGCAAGAAGAAGAACAUCUAGACGAGUUUGUUGUCAUCCAGUAAUAGAAAUAGAAAAUACAAUUACAAAUAGAAAGUCAAUUACAAAUACUUAGAAACCUAGAAGAAACCAUUACAAAUAGAAAUACAGAAGUUGAAGUAGUACUAUGCAGCAACAUAGAACCAGACGUAAGAAUAAGAAAUGAAUCUUGAAUACUAUUGCAUCAGCACCAGUUGUCCCACGUUCUUCACAUUCUAAGCCUUCGGGGACGCAAAUAGCCAUAAAAGCGGCAGUCACCCAGGAAUCGGCGACACCGCUACAGCCCUUUGAUCCUGACAUGAAGGACAAAGUCCGGAAAGCAGGUACCUAGCUGGUGAUCUGUUUAUCAUUAUGUUGGGUCUCGAGAUUAUUUUGUCAUCCGGGGAGAAGCUGUAUCUCCAUGCUGCUCUGUUCAUUGAUUUGCCUUAUGUGCCUAUUGAUGUCUCACCUCUUUCUUCAUCUUCUCGCAGUUUCUUGCGUCUCUUGCUGGGACCUCGUAACUACAGAUGCACUAAUUUGUGUUGGCUGCAUGUGAUUUCCUCAUCCCCUUUCGUAGUCGUAUCAUGAUGACCAAGAAAUCUGAACAUCAUGAUCUCCAAUCAAUGACCGCAGGUGCAAUACCGAAAUUGGUGAAGUACCUCAAGAGUUCGGAAGAGGAUCGAAUUCAUACGGCAGUGGUGGCACUUAGUUUCCUCUGCAUCGAGAAUCCACUCAACGCCAAAGCAGCGUAUUAUAUUGUUUUGUUUUUGCUAUUGCUUGAAGUAGUAGUACUAGUUUUUGUAUGAAGUAGAAGAUGGGGUUGAAGUAAAUGCACCAUAUUGUAAGAACUGCAGGUAUGUGCUGAAGUAUGUCGUAUCCCUUGGAAGUUAUGCUUAACAAACUGCAUGUUCGAAUAUGAGGGUGAUAUUUUAUAGAAGCGGUAUGCUCAUUUACUACGACUCAGUGGUCGUAGGGGAAAUAAAAGUUGUCACUUAAUAUUAAAAAAGAAAGAAUGAUCUCUGUAACUGUAAUCGUAUUACGGUAAAAACUCUUCAUGAUGUUGUUGUUGAUCUUCUUCUCAAAUUCAAUUUCAAAUGACCUCUCAGAGACGAUGCUGGAGCUAUUCAACCACUUGUGCCAUUGAUGUUGUCACCUAUUGAGGGUCUAGCUUGUGCGGCAGCCAGCGUCAUUCGAAACAUAAUAUUGGAGGAUGAGUUACGAUCACCUAGAAGACUUUUUGCUGUGGUAUUGUAAUUGUAAUUAGACGAUUCUUGUGCAAGAAUGAACGACAACGAUGUAUCCUUUUGCCUGUCCUAGUAGUUCCCACCACGACCAUGUUAAUCUUCUACUCGAUGGAAUUCAUAUAUUAUAAUUGCAUAUUCGUCUGUCCCCGUGCAAGAAUUGCAUUGAUCUCUUCUCCCACGACUUCUAGGAAGUACAUUCUUAUUUCAAUUCUCUGACUCCUUCUGUUCUUCCUUGAGGAUGAAGACCUUUCUUGUUUCUAACAUGUUUUCAUACCCCUUUUGCAUUGAUUAGGACUUUUUUGUUUCUCUAUCUCUUUCUCUUCCUGUCCCACCAAUUCCGCUCCCUCAACAUCCUUUCUUCAUUCCGUGCUGCGAAGGAGAAGUUUGUGGAGGCAAGAGGUGUGGAAGGCUUCGUGAAACUAGUAGAGCUUCCGAAGGGAUACAAGCAGCUCGAUCCAGACGAUACUCAAUUAUGGUUAGCUUUUAUUCAUCUUUCUCGAUAUCGUGGUCCCCUUUUGCCUUGUAUUCUCAUGGUAUACAAGGGGAAAGGGGUCGAGAUGAGGGGACCAAGAUGGAUGAAAGCUGAGUCUAACUCAGCGAAUGCUGGACUUGAAGCUAGAGGCGUUGCUCACUAUCUGUGAAUUUCUGGAGGAUCACACAGCAGACAGAAAAAUCGUGCCAAAGUACCAACUCAAUUCUUUUUCUACUGAUACUGAUACUUACCUUCCUACGUAAACGUUGAAGAAGUAAAGGGAGGCACCUGAUAAGAAGAUGAAGUAAGUACUUACUAGACUUGAGCGCCCGGUGGCACUCCUCCCACUAGGAUCAUCCACCCCCGGCACGCACUUCCUCAACCCCGGCGAGGCUCCGCUUCCCCGGAUCCUCCCCCGCCCGACAAUCGUCUGGCGGCGUUGAUCGUUGGGGCAAGAGCUGGGCGGGGGAAGGCGUUCGGCCAUUGAUUAAAAAGGCACAGGCCGAAGCCGUUGGCCUGUGGUCGGUGUGCUCUUCUUUUGGUAGGUUUGGCCUUCUUUGCGUGCGAGUUGCAGCGCUCGAGCUUGCAACUUCUUGUGAUACAGUCAAAAACUUUGGCUGGGAAUUUUUGCAGUUUUGUUUUUUUUUGGAUAUACUCAAAAACUUUGGAUUUCCCGUCUCAAGUUUGAAACUGUGAGACAUUGCGGCGCCGCUUUCAACCUUCGGGCUUUCAGCCUGGUGCUUUCAGCUUUGAGCUUUCAGGCGUGGGCUUUGUUCAGCUUGACACUUGUUUAAGGCUUAAGCUUGCGCCCUCAUUGGAAUCAAUGCGAUAAAAUUGCGAAACUUCUGGGCAUCGCCGUGAAUUUUUGAAAAGUUAAAACUUUUAGAGUUAAAACCGUAAAAGCUUUGACUUUAUCGCGUAAGUUUCAAACUUCGCGCCCAUCUGCGCGAAGUCAGAUCUAACCAAAUUCGAAGUUCGUGAGUAGUUAGUUCCUAAGGUCCUAACUUAAGUUCUUACGAACGUUCCUAAGUUCAUGAGUCAGAAGUGGAAGAGUUUUGGGUUCGGAAGUGGAAGGUUGAGAGUUUGGCGGGGUCGUUGUUGUUUUUUUAUUUAGCUCUUUCCUAUUUAUUUCUCUUGUAGCUUCUUGGAUAAAAUUUAUACAAGAAAAAGAUCAUGGUUUAUUUUUGGCUCUACUUGUACCGUCUAGAACUUGCUCUACCUCGUCUUCUUCCAAACUUACAGGUACGCGAGACUGGUGCGUGAACAGGGCAUAGAGACGAAACUGAAGGACUUGUACCAGUUCGGGGAUCAGGAGUUGGAGGAUGUCGCGGAUGACAUUGCCAGGUCAUUGGAGUCUGUCUUGAGCAAGAAGUAGAUAUGGAGGUGGGGGCUGUAAGAUAAUCGAAAAGCUGAAAUAACCGAGUAUGCUACGGAAUAAUGUUGUAAGAUACUCGGUUAUAAUUGUGUUUGUUACUUCCUUGCAUGCUUACAACUUCAAUUUACUUAAUUUCGAAUAGAUAAAGAAGAGACAAUAAAGUAGGUGUCUCGGAGAAAGAAAAAGGAGGUAAUAAAAAAAGGGAGGAAGUAGCAGGUUAGGGAUUCCUCUUCAGGAGAUGGAGGAAGAAGGAAGGAAAGGGUGCAUGCUUCUUCAAUAGAAGAUCAUGGAGUAGAUAAGCUAUUCCUUCGCUAAGUGCAGGAGGAAGGAAGGAAACUUACCUAUUUUUUCACAAAGAGGAGGUGGGAAGGAUAGUUCUUGGUACAACCAUGAGGAUGAGAAAGGAAGCAGGACCGUGACUGAUUCUACAUUAACUUGAUAUGGCACCAAAUCCAAUCAAACAGUACAUGUUGCUUGUUUCUGAGAUUUUUUCGAAGUAGUUGUAGUAGACCUAGACUUGUAGAAGUUCACAUAGUUCCUUGAUUCAUUUCAUACGACUCAUUUCAAGCAUAUUACAAAAUUUAUCUCGUCAUAGAGUGCAUGUGCAUCUGCAAUUAUUAUAUGUUCGGCAACAUCACAACCAAGUUAAUAUAGUUCUAGCGUUCUUUCUCUCAAUAUUCAACAGAGCACGAGCAGAAAGCAUAAGUAGAUUUGGAUUGCAUAGAUAGAAAUAGAUUUACUCAAUUUAUUAAGAAAAGAAAUCAGUGAUUAUGUUGUUGUAGUGCUAUUAUCUUAUCAUCUGCUUAGCGAAAUCAAUCUUCAUUCGAUUAAGAACGUCGACAACAAUCAAUUUCCGAAAUAUUACGAGUAUCGAAUUCACAUCCAGUAAGAAUCAACGAACACUAAAAUCGUCCAUGCAUUCCACCAUAUGAUCAGCGACAGCGAAUUACUUACUUGUUCCAUCUACGACCGCGUACUCCAAGUACCACGACAUCGAAAAUGGGUGAUAGAAGUCCCUUCCGUUUUCCCCAUCGCCAUCAUGAAAAAGAACGUUCAUCAAGAUUAAUUCACCAUCUGUAUAAUUCUAACCUUACGCCUAUCAUGUAUACUAAAAGAUUGUUUAUGAUGUAUCAGCAUAUUACUUCAAACAAAACGUUAAUAUGACGAAGAAGUUGCACAUUCGCGUGUCAUACACGAUAUCGCAGACUCAAACAAAAUUAAACACCCUGCUCUGAGACUGAGUUGUCUGAAUGUCUAUUUCCAUGGGGUUUGUUUCGAAGAAU